AUGGUGCCCUCACAAGAAGAGGCUAUGAUCAUGAAGGAGAAAGGAGAGGCCACGACGAGCACCGAGGAGGUCGCCGCCCCAGCCCCGGAGGAGUCGGAGUCCAACGUGCUGUCGCAGGGUGUCAUCGAGCUCUCCAACGAUGAGCCAGAAGAUUUGAUUGCCUCCAUUGCUGUCGCCGCCAGCACCGGUCCCUCUAAAGCUAGGCCUUCUACUCCUCGGGUUGCUAUCAUGCCUGACACAAGCGACGACUGGGAGUUUGCCCGGAAGCUCUUCGUCGAGCUGAACCGGGAGGCCAUCGGAAUCCCUGGCGAUGGGGCCCUAGUCGACCUGGUGAGUGACAACGAGGACACCAUGGAAGCCGAUGCUGGGAAGGCAAAGAAGGAAGUCGCCCCAGACGGCGAGGGGGAGGAGGGGGAUGCCACGGCAGACGACAGGCUGCCAGAGCAAACCGCUGUGCCUCCCAGUCCUCUACCAAGCACAUGA